AACAUGGUCAAGGUACUAAGAAAAAAAAUUCGAAAAAAACUACUAGUGAUUGGAGAUUCCGGUUGUGGAAAGACUUCAUUGUUGUAUAGAUAUACGGUAGGUGAGUUUAUCGGGGAGUUUUUCCCUCUAUGUUAUGAGAAUUUUGUUGUUGAAUUUCAAAUUAAGAGCACAAUAGUUGAGAUGACAUUAUGGGAUUCUGUAGAUACAACCGAAUAUGAUAGAAUGAGAGCAUUAUACUAUGCAAAUUGUGAUAUUAUAAUGAUUUGUUAUUCAGUUGAGAACCAUGAAUCAUUGGAAAACGUUGAAAAAAAAUGGAUUCCGCAAAUACAAAACUACUAUAAAAAGAUUCCGAUAGUUUUAAUGGCACUCAAAACCGAUUUAAGAAGGGAUCCUGCAGUUCUUUACAAAUUGAACGAGCAAUCGUUGAGAGUAAUUACACGUAGUGAAGGAAGAGCAGUGGCAGAUAAAAUUGGAGCAUAUGGGUAUUUAGAGUGUUCAGCAAGAAUACUUGAUGGAGUUGAUGAACCGUUCCAGUAUAUUGCAAAAGUGGUAUAUAAGACACAUGAAGAGCCUCAGGACAAGAAAAAAUGUAUUAUUGUUUAAAUUUCUUUAUUUUAUAUUUGUUUUUAUUUUUGAAAAUAGUGAACGUUUUUUGGUUGUUGGUAAAAACAACCAUUGAUAGACAAAGGAUCGGCAAGCGAACCAAUAAAGUAGAGUGAAAAGUGAGCGAUUGAGUGUAUAAAAGAAGAGAUAAAUAAUUUCAAUAAAUUUAGGCGAUUUAUUUGAAACCCAUACUAAUGUCUUAGGUUGCUUUGAAAAAAGAAAGUUUGGGUGAGAUGACUGAGAUUGAUUCAGCCAAUGAAAGAGAGAUUUGAAAAGGAAAAACCUGAAAAAGAGCUAAGAGCUUGAAUCAAAUAAAUAAAUAAAUAAAUGAAAUUUUCAAAUGACCAAAACGAAGAUGGAGAGGAUCAAAGAAUAUUCGAAUAUGCUGCAAAAAUUAGAUAGUAUAUUAAAUUUGUAGCCAGAAGUGAAUAAAAAUAAAGAUUUAACCAAAUUUAGUAAAAGGGUCGAUAAACAAAUAACCUUAAAA